GGAGGGUGCUGCUCGCCAGUAGAAGGAGAAACUGCUACGAAGUGAGAUAAAGACACUGUUUUUUUUUGCAGUUUCUGCAGUUUAGAUGCUUCGUGCUUAGAAAUUAUCAGUAGGUUCAUUUUCUUUACUCCUUUAAGGAGGCUCGCGGCGAGGAGCGAGCCGGUGAGCAUAAAAAACACGUCGUUUUUGGGGAACUUUUAGGAGCUAAACGAGCGAGGAAGAUGGCAUCAGUGAGUGACCCCCGCCAGCAGACGCAGGCACAGAAGGAUGCGGCGGAUCAGAAUUUUGACUACAUGUUUAAACUUCUUAUCAUUGGCAACAGCAGCGUGGGGAAGACCAGCUUCCUUUUCCGAUAUGCAGAUGACUCUUUUACCUCAGCGUUUGUCAGCACCGUGGGCAUCGACUUCAAAGUCAAAACUGUCUACCGCAACGAGAAACGUGUCAAACUCCAGAUCUGGGACACCGCAGGUCAGGAGAGAUAUCGCACCAUUACUACAGCCUAUUACAGAGGAGCCAUGGGCUUUCUACUGAUGUACGACAUCACCAAUCAGGAGUCGUUCUAUGCUGUACAAGACUGGGCGACUCAGAUUAAGACGUACUCAUGGGACAACGCUCAGGUGAUUCUGGUGGGGAAUAAGUGUGAUCUGGAGGAUGACAGACUGGUGGCCACAGAAGAUGGACAGAGACUAGCUAAUGAGUUAGGGUUCCAGUUUUUCGAAGCGAGUGCUAAAGACAACAUCAACGUGAAGCAGGUGUUUGAGCGGCUGGUGGACGUCAUCUGCGACAAAAUGAAUGAGAGCAUGGAUGGAGAGCCCAGCCAACUGGCCAAUCACAAAGGCCCCAGCCUACAGGACACGCCCCCUGCUGGGCAGAAUGGCUGCUCAUGUUAAUGAUCGCAGGCCAAUGCACAGCCACUUACACUGUUACUGGACCAUUCACUACCAAACCCACAAAGACAGACUACUGUUCAAAAGUUUAGAAUCAGUGUUUUCCAUAGUGUCUUUUUUCACAUUUUCUAGCAGAUAAUACAUAUAAUAUUGCUAAUAGUCCACAAAUUAACAGGUUUCACAUAAUUAGUAGAAAGCUGUAACUAUUAAGAAAUGUUGAAUGUGUCCAGAAUGAUGAACAGAGAUUAUCCUAAAAUGAGAACGCAGCAUAACAUCUAGUCUUGAGGGACCAGACGUGAUCUUGUGAUGAAAAUACACAUCUGGGGAAAACUCGUUAAACGUUUGGUGCUGGAUUUUGUCAAAAUCUGCCAUUAACAAGGGUACACCCCCUCCAAAACACACCCUCAAAUUUCUCUAGGCUGUGCUCUUGUAAUAUCCAAUGUACAACUGUUAGCCAUGCUAACUUGCAUUUCAUCCACAGGCUACAGGCCUGUUGUCCGUUGGACAAUGUGACAAGCACACCAUCACCCUCUAUCCUUAUUUUACAGAGGUAGGCAAAGGUAGUGUUAGGAGUCUUGCCCAAGGACUCUCUUUGGUAUAGUGUAGGGUGCUUGCAAGAUCACAUCUGGCCCUGAAAGACUAGAAACUAUCAAGAGUGAAGAGAUAAUAAAAUUAAUAUCAAGAAUGUUUCAGUGGUGAAAAAUGUCAAAGCAGACAAGGUGGCAAAAAAAUGUAAACAGAUAAUAUUAUAUUAUUUAUUAACUUUUUUUGUUCCCAAAAUAAGUUACACAUUGAGUAAAACAUCUAAAAAUACCUUUUGGAAUCUAGUUUGUAGUAACUAUGAAUUGUUCAAAUUAUUACUGUAUAUAGUAAAAAUUAAUAUGGCAAGUGACUCCAAACUUCUGAACGGUAGUCUAUGUACGCAUUAACCUUUGUCAAACACACACACACACAAAAUAUACACUUGACAGCUGAAAACAAACUGUUACCAACCUGUCUGAGAUCAGUUCCACAAUAUACGCCUCCUCCAGAAUUAACAGUUCAUUUCUUUAUCAGCAUCCCAUUCUGUUCACUCCAACAUAAUUCCCUCACAGACUCAACACCAUGACCAGCCCUGUUUCAGUACUGUUUUUAACACAAGCCCACUGACAAAUCUUCACUCAGACGCAAACUUGCAUAGAACCUACAUUAUACAAGCAGCCACUAUCAAGACAAGCUGAGGAGGGAUCAGCGAGGGGCAGAGUUUUUAGAUGAACGCAAGGCUAGCCUCAGUGAGCUAAUUAACUUGGCAAACUGUAAUGCAAACUGUUUUCUUUAGAAGUUGUACAUGUAACAUACAUUAACUAUAUGUUCAGUUGCUUUGUCUGGAUUCGCCUUAGCUUUGCAAGCUAGCAGAGUAAUAUAACUAAUACAGCAGUUUUGUAUAACAGAUGGGCUAGUUUGCUACAAGAAGCCAAAUUUAAAUGUAGAAAAUCAAAUGAUAGUUUUGAAAUAUUAAGUACACUCUUAAAAAUGAAUCCCUCUAAUUGGUCCUUGGCGUGGUUGGACGGUUCUAGGAAAAACCUAGGUAUAGAACCUUUACAUUAUGAGGAACGUUCUUUAAACUUUAACAAGGUUAUAUUUGCAUAUCUAAUUUUUCAGAAAUGACUCUUUAAAGAACUACAAACAAAAGUGGUUCGUCUGUGAAUUUUUUGGCACCUUUAUAUUAAGAGAAUUUAAGAAUGCUCUGGCUUAUAGAGAGCUUUGUCCACCUUUUUUGGGUUUAAAUAGGAAAUGGUGUCAGAUCACCACGAUUUCUGGGAAGAUUUUUAGAAGUCUACGUUUAUGUUGGCUCGAUCUCUCACCAAGGGGUCAUCUAACAAAAAUCAUCGGAGCUAACAGUCAUGAAUGCCUUCAAAAUGGUGUUGAGUAUUCACCAGAGGGAAAACAGCGAGGGCAAGUUAAUAAGGCCAUGUUAAAAACAGUAUUGAAACAGACAGGUUUUUCUCCUUGUCCCACUCAAAGUGACCCACAAUUGUGGAGUGGACUGACUGCCUUUAGCCUACAGCAACUAAAAAGUAGCUGAUUAGUAAGAACAUAAAGCAGGACGCUAGAGAUUGUUCACUGAACAGGAACAGAUUGUUUUCAGUGUUUAAUGCCAAAGACUCAACUGAACAGACGUUACAGUUUAUUUUAGGUUACUACUGUACGAGUGUCAAAAGACACUGAAUGUAGAAAAUGAAAGCAUUUUGUUUUUCUUUUUUUUUUUUCUUUUUUGGCCUUCUCCACAAGUCAUGUGUGCAUACUCAAUACUGUUAUGCCCCCUUGUGGACACUGAAUGUAACUGCUGAACAUUUAUCUGCACAGGAGUCACCAAAGUCAGCUUGUUAAAUAACUGAUGAGCUCAGUUAGGUGUGUUAAGUUAGGAAAAACUGAAAGAAUACUGUGUCAGCGAUGGAGAAAGUCUUGUAUCUGCUUUAUGUGUAGUCUGUAUGUAAUUGUAAGUGACCACUGGAUGCCAUUAUGAAAAGUUUACCAAGUACCAUUACCAUAUUUUUAAUCAUAGAUAAAUCUUUUACUCUGUGCCAUUCACAAAGGGCUUUUUAUUACACAGUACCAUUCAGCAGUUUCAUCUGAAGUCAGAUGCCCAGUCACUUUAUCCUUGUAUUGUAGACUGUUUUAACGUCGGAUAUGGUCUCUGAUUGACUCCUGUUGAAUGAUCCUUUAUUUUGGUUCAAUCUUGUACUUGCUGACGUCAAACCUGGCCAACAUCAUCAUAAAAAAAUUACAGUGUGUCAUUAAAACCGAGAUACGUGCAAUAGCUGAAAUCACAUGAAGUUGCUGAUGUACCACUGCAGUAAUGUUCAAUAAGGAGUUGUACUACCAACAGAGCUGGUCCUCACUAUUAAAAAAUUUGGUUGAGGACUAUAACAGUUUCUUCUCUUCUGAGAAGGCUUUACACUAGAUGUUGGAACAUUGCUGUGAGGAUUUGAUUGCAUUCAGCCACAACAGCACUAGUGUCAGAUAUUGAUAUUGGAUGAUUAGUUCUGGAUCACACAAGCUCUCAAAGGUUUUGAUGGAGCAACAUCACUCCAGAGAGUAGAGUUCAGAGCUCAAAUCACAUGCAUUGGUUUAUGUACCACUGCAGUAACAUUCAAUAAGGAGUUGUAUUACCAACAGAGUCAAUGCUGGUCCUCACUACUGCCAGGCAAAGUUUGUUUAGGGACUUCAUUAAAGGAAUGUGCCAGUGUUUUUCAGUCUGAUCUCUGUCUACUCCAUCAGCAGCAUAGUGACAGUUGGAACAGUCAAAAAAUUUUAAGGCAUUCUCUUGUGCUUAGGUAGCAAACUGAAAACCCAUUGACUUGAAAUAACUGUCCGUGCCUGAAAACGCCCCAGAUUAUUUUCUGGGACAAAGUUUUCACACCCCACCAUCACGCCAUCUCUCCUACCUCUGUUCACCACAGUGGGGUUGGCCUUCUAGCUUAAAGCAGAAGUCACCCAGAUCUCCACCUCAAGUUCUCUGAGAUCUCACCCUUCAUCUCAUACAGCUUUUCUCAUAUUAAAUGAAUUGUUGAAGGUAUGGUCCAAACUAGUAAACAUCUCUUGUAUUAGAAGUCAGUGGGCAGGUGCUGAAGCAACUGCCCAAUUGCUUCUACUAUAAGUGAGUCUUGACUCAAUGGGUUUUCUGUUCUUUUCCAUGUGCAGGGAAAUAGCUGUCCAUGGAAAUCCAAUUUACAGUAUAGAUGCAGCAGACAAGGAUAAGUUUGAAAAACACUGGAGUAUUACUUCAAGAUUAGAGUUAAACUUUCCUCUUCUUUUUUGGAUUAAUCUUUGCCCACUUUUUAUGCCUCUCAUUGUGUCUGGGAAGCCUUCAAGGAAACAUUCUGUAGUGAGAAGCAGUGUAUCCAAAGAUAGACUCCUAAAGGGAAGAUAUUUAUUUGUGUAUGUACUUACGUUGUAAAUGUAUAUGUACUUUAUCACAUCUCUGUUACAUUAUGUGCCUCCUGUCAUAUUAAGGGUUUCUAUUAGAUCUGUUUACCUUGAAAUUUACACGGAAACGAGUUACGUUUCAGAUAAACUUAGGGUGUAACAGAUCUACAGGUGAAAAAUGUCCUGUGUAUUGGCUCAUUUCAUAACUCAUUAUUCACAGCCAUAAUGCUGGACUGAUUUCAGCUUCAACUCCUGACCAACAUAAUAUACUCUGUACACUAAAUGGACUGAAGUCACAGUAAAUCCAAAGAUAAAGAUACAGAUGACUUCAUUAUGAAUCUGUGGACAAACCAAAUAAAAUGAAAAACAAAGCAUAA